CUUCUGCCGCGUGGGCCAGAACGGCGGCUGGAGCCGGCCGGCCGCCCGGGCGCUGGGCAAGCUCCUCGGAGAGCUGCUCUUCCACGCCGCGCUGACCAGCACGGAGGUGAACCCGGAGCACCACGCGAAGAUCAUCGAGGCGCUCGUCCUGGCUGGAGACACGGCCGAGAGGGACGUGGCACCCGCUCUUCCUCCAAAACCUCCAAAACCAAUGACUCCAGUCAACACAAAUGGGAUAAAGGACAAUUCCAGUUUCUCUUUGCAGGAUGCUGAAUGGUACUGGGGGGACAUCUCAAGAGAAGAAGUAAAUGACAAAUUACGAGACAUGCCAGAUGGAACAUUCUUGGUGCGAGAUGCAUCGACCAAGAUGCAGGGAGACUACACUCUGACAUUGCGGAAGGGUGGCAACAACAAAUUGAUCAAGAUUUAUCAUCGGGAUGGAAAAUAUGGUUUUUCUGAUCCACUAACAUUUAAUUCUGUCGUGGAGCUGAUAAACCACUACCGCCAUGAGUCUCUUGCUCAGUACAAUCCAAAGCUUGAUGUGAAGUUGAUGUAUCCGGUAUCCCGGUACCAACAGGAUCAGUUGGUAAAAGAAGAUAAUAUAGAUGCGGUUGGUAAAAAGCUUCAAGAAUACCACUCCCAGUAUCAGGAGAAGAGUAAAGAAUAUGACAGACUCUAUGAAGAAUACACCAGAACAUCACAGGAAAUUCAGAUGAAGAGGACUGCAAUUGAAGCAUUUAAUGAAACCAUUAAAAUAUUUGAGGAACAGUGUCACACACAAGAGCGAUAUAGCAAAGAAUAUAUUGAACGAUUUCGGAGAGAGGGGAAUGAGAAAGAAAUAGAACGAAUCAUGAUGAAUUAUGAGAAAUUAAAAUCACGCCUGGGUGAGAUCCACGAUAGUAAAAUGCGUUUGGAGCAGGAUUUGAAGAAACAAGCUCUGGACAACAGGGAAAUUGAUAAGAAAAUGAACAGUAUCAAACCUGAUCUCAUCCAGCUGCGCAAGAUCAGAGAUCAGUACCUUGUAUGGCUCAAUCACAAAGGAGUGAGGCAGAAGCGAAUAAAUGACUGGCUGGGAAUCAAGAAUGAAAAUAUUGAUGAUACAUACUUCGUGAAUGAAGAAGAUGAAAAUCUGCCACACUACGAUGAGAAAACUUGGUUUGUUGGGGAUCUCAACCGUAUCCAGGCAGAAGACUUGCUCUGUGGGAAACCUGACGGAUCGUUUUUAAUUCGAGAAAGUAGCAAGAAAGGAUGUUACGCUUGUUCUGUGGUAGCUGAUGGAGAAGUUAAACACUGUGUGAUCUACAGCACUCCAAGGGGUUAUGGGUUUGCAGAACCAUAUAACCUGUACAGCACACUUAAGGAAUUAGUCCUUCAUUACCAGCAGACAUCCCUCGUCCAACACAAUGAUUCCUUAAAUGUCAGGCUUGCCUAUCCUGUCUACGCACAGAUGCCCUCCUCCCUUUGCAGAUAAAUUCUGGGGAGGAGAAAAGUGUUGUCUAUCUUGGAUUUUUUUCUACAGUUUUUAUUAGAACUUGGAGGGCAUUCUUUCUCCUUAGACUGCUUGUUUUGCACAAGAAGUGAUUCUGUGAAUGUGAAUCAAAGAGGCCUAGCAGCGACAAGACGACAACUUGGGUGUAGGUGUCCUGGUGCUACCUAAAGCUCAGCUGUGCUUUUACACUGAUCCUUUUUGUUUCCUUUGUGGGAGGGGAAUAAACUCAACACGUACAAAAAAGAAACUGGAAGCAAAACAUCAUUUUAUGGAGAGGAUUUUUUUUUGCCAGGCACCUUCAGCAGAACUCUUAAUCGGAAUUUUGUUUUCUCGUUCUUGUAGAGAUAAUGUGGGCGCCUCUGUAGAGGCAUCAGUACAGUCUUUCAGUCUUAAACUCCAAGGAACUAGGGGGAAACUCUACCACAGCAAUGUUCUCUGCUACAUGAACAGCUUCACUGCGAUUCAGCCGAACGUCCAAAAGAGGGCUUGUCUUGAGGUAGCAUGGAAUUUGGUGAGAGAAGACCAAAGGAAUUAUGGAAAGCUUCAGGUUUUUAUUUAAAUGGGGGGGAAAAUCCUUAUAAAGAAAAGUUACUUUAUUUUUUACCAACAGUAAGAAAGUUUUGGUUUCAAUGGCACUACAGGUCUUCGCUUAAAGGAAACAUUUAUAACCAAAUUGAACCCACCAAAACUAUUUGUUGCUGGAUUGAGCACUUCUGGGGAAAGGUUGCAUUAGCAUCCGCACAUACUUUUUACACCAAAACUUGAAACAAAUAAAAGGAAAAGCUAAAACUUCUUGCGUGGUUUUGAAAACACUAAUCUGUCUGAUUUGAUGUAAUGGCUCCCCCUUCCCUUUCCUCUCCUCACGUCCCCCUUGGCACUCUUUUCUUCCCAAUUUUUAAGAUAAUAUGCUUCAGAAUGUAAACCAGAAUGAAGCUGGCACUCUUAUUUUGAGUUGUGUUGCUGAGCAUUUAACUACUCUGUUUGAAACCCUUGUAAAUUUUAAAUGUAAGUGUAAAGAAAAGGUGCAAUGCAAUGCUUCUGGAUGGCUUGUUAUACCAAAUAAUUACCUGAGUGAUAGUCCUCCGACUUGCUUCUGUUCAUAACUAGAGUUCCCAUUUGAAUUGGUAGUCAUAAACCAGAUUCUGGUCUGUCAUUCCACUGAAGUCAAGGUUACGCAAGAUGUUACAGAUGCUGAACUUAGUUCCUCUUCUUGUAGCCAUAAUUAAUGUUGCCCAGCUGACAAAACUCCAACUCAUGCAGUGGUGCCAGUUCUGGAAAUUGAUCUACUGCUAACAGACUUCUAGGCACUUGCCAGCACUGGUUUACCUGUAGCAGUAUGGGACUAAGUGGCCGUGUUUCUUGUCAGGUGUAACAAUUCCUAAUGAGUUAAAUCCAAGGAACAGUUUCACUUGAAAAGAAAAUAAAUUGUUUCCUUGGCUAUUGAUUGUUUGUUCCUCCUAGGUCUCUAAAUCAGAAAAAAAUAAGUAAAGUGUGGCAGAAAUGGCUUUGUUUGGCAUCAAGGCAGAGCUGGCAAAGUAGUUACUCAGUGUGUAGCAACAGAAUUUAAUCUUGCUUCCUUCCAUGAUAGUGGUACCUUCUGAAGUGUGCCCAUUCUACAGGAAGGGAGACAGUCUAAUCGUUCAAACACUAGGCUGCAAGUUGGGACUCCCUGGUCUGUUCUUAUCUUGUUACUGGCUUCCCGUUUGAGCCCAGACUUCGUAUAAGCCCUGGGGAAUAAUGCCACGCCUGUGGAGGCUUAAUUAAUGUUUACAUUGUGAAAUUACCAGUCGAAGGCACUAUAAGUUAGUAUUAUUAAGCAGGAAAUUAAUAAUUCCUGAGCAGGGAAGUGACAAGUCUUGAGCACUGAAACACUAGCAGGAAGGGCAAUCUAGGUUGCUUGGCGAGUCCAAGAAACACUUUAUUUUGCACUAUUUAUGUCCCUGGGUACAUCCAGGUGCUGGUUAACCAGCUAGAAUGUGAUCUUCAAAUGAAGAAUUGUCCAGCUGAAAAAGCCCCACAGACUGAAGCAUAUAGAAGCUGUGUGAGAAGAGUGAGACAAAUGCAAGACCUGAGUUUCCUUCCUAUUUGGCAUCCAUGUGGCUGCUGAGCAAGUGUCUGCUGCGUUCAGUGGAAAGCCAGAAUCACAUCUCCAGUUGUAGUAUAAGGAACAGAAAUUCUUCUCUAAGAAGAAACUGCAUUUCUUGAGUAAUUUGUAUGUUCUACUCUGGCAACUCAUCUCUACAUCCAACAUGCCUUCCUAUGUUGACUCCAAUCCCAGUUCAUGACAGGGAAGGUUUGUCAGAUAUAUACAUUGUAGUUGGGUGUCUAACUCCAAAUGAAAAAUCAGUGGCUGUUGGGCGCUUAAUGGCUAUCUUUGCCUUAGAAAAAAUCUACCUCUGUGUCAGAGUUCUCUUGCUUAGAAUGGUGACUCCAUUGAAGUCCAUGGGAAGUUAAUCCCUGAUUUUUUCACUUCCAAGAGAAAGGAGUUAGGCUGAAAGGGCAACCUGACUGUUAAAUAUCUUGCUGUAGGAACUGUGAGCACUGUAGCAGUUAUAUUGUUUUAACCUGAGAAAGGUCAGGUUUUUUAAACCACACCAUGAUUUGCAGUCCUAUAGCACCAAUGGUAGCUGUACAGGGGAGAAACGGAGCUGUGUCAGAAGUGUCCCUAGUUGACCUUCAGUUUUGUGAGGUUUUGGACUGGAUCUUGUGUUCGGUUAUGCCAGCAUAAAUACAGAAGAAUUCCAUUGGCUUCUAUGUUACUUUGGCUUUACAGUGGUGUGGCUGAAUUCAGAACCUGUCCCCCUUCUAUUUCGGACCUCUUCCCUAAUCCCAGGUGCUGCGUUGCUGUGAGCAAUACAUAAUAGAAAGCUAAAAGCCAUCAAGAAGCAUUUCCUAUUACUUUCCCCAAACUUUCAGAUUAGAACCACGUUCAAAUUAUACCUAGAAGUUCCUUGCUUGCCCUUUCCAUCCCUGAGAGGUCCUGUUUUGCCUGUAUGUCUUUAUGCACUUGAUUUAGGCACAUAAGACACAGCUGCUAGUGUGUUGACCCACUUUUGUACUCGCAUGCCAUUGCACACCUACUAUUGCAUCAAUUUUUGCACUUGUGGCAAGAGAAAAAUGGGUCUCGAAGCCAACUGAAAUAUGUAGUGGGUAUAAUGCAUUCCAGGGCUUGUCCCCAUUGCCACUCAUUUUGGUUGGCCUGAUUCUUUAAUUCAGAGUGGGUUUUAUGCCAACAAAUUGCCACUGCUCCCAGUCACCAUUUUUAAUUCCAGGACCUAGAAAACUGAAUUGGGCCUGUCGGGUGCAAGAUUAGGCCCCAGUACUAAAACCAGCUGUUUGCAGGCCUAAAACAAAUGCAUAAGAGAUGAUAUGAAGAUAAAAUAAAGGAAACUCUUCUAAACCAACAGCAUGUGAUACUGUGUAUGCAUAGAGUGCUGAAACGUUCUGGUUUCAAGGGUCAGAAGAUUGGGGGGGGAGGGGACAGUGCAUUCAGUUUACUAGAGCAGCCAUCUCUUUCCUGACUGCAUCUGGACUAGUACCGAUCUCACUGACCCACAUUGUAUUAAAUGUAUGUAGAUUUGAAUAAACCUUUUUUGCACAGUGUUAAAUGGGGAAAAUAAUGUUGAAACUUUCAAAUAUGCACAGUUUCUUAUCUGUUUUGAAGUACAUUUGCAGGGAUCAUGGGGUGAUUCAGUAUUUUGCUUUCUCAUGAAUGGGAAACAAGAUCUACUUCCACAGUUCCCAUUGUGCCCAUUACGCACAGUACAUCAGCCAGGAAUUAUUACCUGUUGCUAAAGUUUAUAAACUUCCAAAUCUCCUGUUACACCUUUUUAACAGUCACAAUUUUAAUGAGCCCCUAUGGGUGUGUGUCAAGCUGAUCAGUUGCAGACUGAGAGGCAAGUACGAUGAAGGGCACGGAGGAGCGAUUGAUGACUGCAGAGAGAUGGCUUGCUGCAUCAGUGCUUCAUGAUGGUUUAUUUUUUAGUUAAAUAGAGGAUAAAUAGUCUGAAAAUAUCCUAUGUUUGGAAGUAAGGUUGCGGUAACUGCUCUGUACCUCUCGGUCUGAGUUCUGAGCUAGUACAGCCCUCCUCUCCAUACCAAAAUCCAAUGCCCCUUUCAUAUGUGUGCGCACAGGCGCACACCCUUCCAAAUAUGACUAAAAGAGCAAAGUCUAUUCCACAUGCAAUGGACCCAGUUUUUUCCUCACGUUCACCAGUGUAAGCAAGAGAUUCCUCUGGUGGAAAACUCCAUGUGAAAGGCGAAUCCUGCCUGCCCGCUUUAUGAAAUCCAAAUUCCAAUUUGUACUUGCAUUUCAAAAGAACAGAAAUCAAAGCAAAUCUCAGCCUUGUCCAGGCCGAGUAGCCAUAAUGGGCACUGUGGAAAUUAAUGUUGACACUUUGCUGUUUUAAGAGCUAGGGGGGGUGGGAUCUUGGUUGCCCUAACACUUGCUCACUGUGCAAACGUGGAUGGUAACGCAUCCAUAACUGAAGGCUAUGGCUGUUUUAAAAUGGCAGAAUUGCUAACGGAGUGUCACACUUUGACAAGUUUGGAAAAGCCCCUUAUUUGGUACUUGAAAAAUCUUUUCUGUUGUGUGAAUGUCUGUCUAGGUUUUAUUUUUUUUUUCUUCUUUACACUAACAGGGAAUAAAACUCUGCCAUGUGAGCAAGUCGUGUGUGUGUGCGCGCGCUGCAUUUUGCAGAUAUAAAACAGGUACUUUGAGGUGGGAGGUAAGGUUUGCGAGACAGGUUCCAAAUGCAGUUUUAACAAAGCACUCUGGUAAGUUUGGGUUUGGAGUGUUGUUUAAAUUGGGUGUCUACACGUGUGUUUACUGCGCAGUAAGUGGGUUUUACACCAGCAUCUACAAGUGCAGGCAUUACAGUGCAGUAACGCUGUGUGGACUGACUUGGGACUGAAUGUUACCCCCAAGUCAGUCCACACACAGGGUUACUGUGCAGUAAGGUGUCUACAUGUACCUUACUGCAGAGUACCUACUAGGUGUAAGUUGCCAUAGUUACUGCGCAGUAUGAGCAUGCAUGUGUAGACAUGCACCCAUACUGUGCAGUAACUUUAGGUUACUGUGCAGUAACUGUGCACGUGUAGAUGCGCCCUUUAUGUCCUAAAGUCCUGCUUGCUUUUGUUAGUUUUCAUCCGUCUUUGGUAAUUUAAAUCACUAAUGUCUGCUUUGUGAACAGCAAAGCCACAAUAUAUUCCUGAAGAACAAAGAUUUGUGCCAAUAUUUACUCUGAAUGGUAAAAUUAAGUAACAUUUACAAAGGCUUAUGCAAGCGAGAAAAUAAGUUUGAAAAUCCAGGUUUAGCAUCUUCUGAUUGUAGCUUGAUCAGGGAGCAGACAGUUCUCUUGAACAGGACUCCCAUCCAUCUUCACAAAGGGAAAAUCUGAUUGCAAAGUGGACCUGUUCUCGAUAUUCGCCUAGGCAGCAUUAGAAUAACUGGCUAUACCUUUUUUUUUUUUUUAAAUCAAUGUGCAUGUUUGUAGAGAGAGAGAACAAUCAGAAUCCUGCUGGAAGUCCUCGGGGACUUAAUUCAGCUAUUUUUAUAGAGAUCUUUUCGUAUUUGAAGGAAACUCGGAUUGCUGACCCGCUUGUUUCCUUUGGCCCAGCUUGUGCAGGCAGGAGGAGUGAACUAAGCUACCGGCCCACAUAGUAACCAGUCCUGUUUGUGUGCGUCGGGAGCGUGUUUCGACAGCGGUGUAGAAAAGUCUCUCAAACUUGGGUGACUGACAUUCUGUGGGCAGGAACUGUUUCCACGGAAGGGGGAAAUCCCUGAGCCCCCUUCAGAGUCCCUCCCCUUUGUUCUAGCGGGAGGUUUAUAGAUUGCAAAUUCUUCUAGAAGAGGGCAGUGCUUAAAACGCGAGUCUUCGGGCUGGCUCCGUAUGUGUAAUGCAGAUCUCCCUUUUUUGAUCACUUGUGGCAGAUAACCCACCCCCAUUUUAUGGCUAAUGCAGAUAUACCUGGAUUAAAAUUCACCUUUACGUGCUUGGAACACUACAGCAAACAAAAGGAGGCAGCUCAGCCAAUCAGCAGCUUCUCCCGAUCAUCAGUAUUAGACAAAAGCGGCUUUCAUUUGAAGUCAUUUCAUUUAUUUUGCUUUGUUGUUCCGACUCUACUAAUUCGUGUUGCUUUCAGUAUAUGAGCUUUAACAACUGAGAGUAACACUUUUCUUUUCCCCCUACACACUCAGCACCUCCGGUAUUAACCACGGGCUUGCUGAGUUCUGCAGUGGUCAUACAGUGGGCUCAGUCCUUUAGAAAAAUGGUGGCGUCAAAAGGCAAACAUGACAUGGCACUGUCCCAGGGCCAAAUUUGUCCCUGGCUUAAGUCUGUUAACUUCAGUGGAGCUGCAAACCCCUUCAUGCCAGCAGCAAGCUUAGCCCUGGGACAGUUCAUUCAUGUGCAGCCAAGUGUUGAAUUUUGGGGGGGUGAGUGACUUGUACAUCAAGUGAGGAUCCCUUUGAUUAAACCUCUUGAUUUUGUAUAUCUGGCAGUUUACAGCACCGUGGGAUUGUAAUGGUCUGCAUCAUAUCUGUGUGUGUGUGCGCGUGUGUGUGUACUGUAUGUAUAUAGAUUUAUGUAAAAUAUCUUCACUUACACAUGGAUAUGCAUUAGCCAUAAGUGGCAUUGUCCCUUAAGUGAAACAAAGUUCACUAUUUGCACGUUUUACACAUAAAGUUAGACAAAGUUGGGUUUAUCACGACCAUCUUGAUUAAUGCUUUUUGAGAUUCUAGGUUAUGAUUUCUUUCGUUGGACUGGUUCUGUUGAUAAUUCUUUACUCUGGGAUGACGCAUCGACGUUUGUUCAAAGCAAAGGGUUUUUUAAAAAAGAAAAAUAAUCCCGUUUUCCUUCGAGAUGCGGUAAUAUUUGCACGUUUUAAGUGAACCUAAUGAAAAUCCUGUCUAGAGCUAAUGUGCAAAGGAUGGGAAGUGUGUGCAUCGCGUCGUGAAUGGACUCUGUGUACGCGUGUGGGCCAGUCGAAGGGAUGGGUGGAUGUUUGGACUUGUACGGAGGGCUGAGAUGACAGCGCACUCCUUGACGCCCUUUGCAGUCAUGUUGCUUUUUUUUUUUCUUUAAGGGAUACUGUAUCUGUUUAGAACCUGCUUCUCAAGAAGCCGUUGGGUUUUUUCCAUAUGAAUUCCAGCAUGUAACUUUGGUACUCUUGUUGUUAUUUGUGUAAAACCUGUUCUUCUGUCGUUUACGGUGUAGUCAAAAAAAAUUAAAGGAAUUCAUGUAGUUUAACUUUUAAAAAGAAACAAACUGCUUCAUAAAGAAACCAGUUGUAUGUUAGUGUUUUCAGACAAGUCAUACUGUAGUUUCUAGAUCAGUAAUGCAACGCUGUACUUGUCACCAGAUGUGUUACGAUUUUGCUGUAUUUUUUUAGUAGAUGGUUGGGCUUUUAAAUCCCAGACACUAAACAUCCUGGGCCUACUUGCUCUAGAUCAAAAAAAAUGCAAUAAAAAAUUGCAAUAAAGCACAUUGACAUGUAACUGUUUUAGAAGGAUGUACUGACAGCUGUUUCUAAUAAAUUCAGAAAUACAGCCUA